GCCCAGGUGUGAAUUACUCCGGUUGUCAGAUCACCUGGGCCAAGUUCUGCAAGGAGAACAUGGCUGGCAAAGGCUUCUCUUUCUGGGUCUGGCUGGACAACAUCAUCGACCUGGUGAAGAAGUACAUCCUGGCGCUGUGGAAUGAAGGGUACAUCAUGGGCUUCAUCAGCAAGGAGCGGGAGCGAGCCAUCCUGAGCACCAAGCCCCCGGGAACCUUCCUGCUGCGCUUCAGCGAGAGCAGCAAGGAGGGUGGCAUCACCUUCACAUGGGUGGAGAAGGACAUCAGCGGGAAGACCCAGAUCCAGUCUGUGGAGCCUUACACCAAGCAGCAGCUGAACAACAUGUCAUUCGCGGAGAUCAUCAUGGGCUACAAAAUCAUGGAUGCCACCAACAUCCUGGUGUCCCCCCUGGUCUACCUGUACCCAGACAUCCCCAAGGAGGAGGCGUUUGGGAAGUACUGCCGCUCCGAGAGCCAGGAGCACUCUGAAGCUACUGACUCAG